AUGGCGGGGAGGCUCACGCGCAAGGCCAUGGCCGUGCUGUGCUGCAUCAGCUUGAUCGAUUGCAUCAACUUCACCAUGUUAAACCCCUACGUGGAUGAGCUGGUGGCCCAUGUGCUUGACAAGCCUCCCGGCGAUCCUGGCAUAUCCAUUUAUGUCUCCAUCUUGGUGGGGUCUUACGCCCUGUGCGAGGUCUUGUUCAGCCCCAUGUGGGGCUUGCUAGCUGACAAGUUCGGCCGAAGGCCUGUCUUAUUGACAGGCCUUGCUGGAUCAGCGGUCUCGUCGGUUUUACUGGGUCUUGCAGACAGCUACCCAACUGCUCUUGGUGCUCGCCUCUUGGAUGGCUUCUUUUGUGGGAAUGAGUGUGUUGCAAAUACCUACUUGGGUGAGUUGGUGGACUCUGACAAUGAAGCUCAAGCCUUUGGCACCUUGGGCGCCGUCUUCUCAUUUGGGCUUUUCCUGGGUCCCAUGCUGGGUGGAGGCCUGGCGCAUCCCGCGGGCUGGGAGCCGCAACUAUUUGCCGACACGUUCUUUGAGCGCCAUCCGUUCCUUCUCGCUAACCUGCUUUUUGCUGUCUUGGUGACAGCCGUGUUUGCUUUGGGCCUUGUCGCGCUGCCCGAGACUCGGAGGAAUGGGCAAGAUGCAAACCUGCUUCAAGACACAGAGGGUGGUGGUGCAAGGAGGCUUGGACACCUUCUUCCCCAAGGCCGGAAGCUUCGGCAGCUGUUGAUCGCAAGCAGCCUCCUAAGUGGCUACGUCGCUGCCCGUCUGAACAGCUUCAUCCUGGUCUCGUCCCUGCCGCGGACUUUGCACGGCCUGGCCAUAUCGUCACACCAGCUUGCAUGCAUCCAAGCCUGUGCUGCCGUCAUGUUAGCCCUGAACCAGGUGACCUGCUAUACAUGUCUAGUGAACAGGGCCGGGAAUCACGCUAGCUACGCCCUGGGCCUGCUUUGGACGAUCGUCGUCACCUUGCCUAUGCCCCUGUAUUACAUGGCCGAGCAACAUCAGUCAACCUUCUGGCGGUUGCUGCCAAUCACGCUCUGGCAAGCGACAAGUCAGUUGGGAUUUGGCAUCGCUUUCCCUAUCUGCACGGUGCUUGUCAACAAAGAGUGCAGUGCACACAAUCGGGCCGUGGUGAAUGGAUGGUGCGGCUCGCUGAACGCCCUUGCUCGUGGCCUGGGCCCGGAAGCUGCUGGCGCCUUGGUGCACGUGGGCUGCGCCCUGGAGACGUGGGAUCAUCGUCUGGGGCGCUACCUCGGUUUCUAUGUCAACCUCAUUCCAGCAUCGGUCAGCGCUGUUCUAGUGCUUCGUCAGCGUACAGGGACCUCGGCAUCAGAGUGUCCGUGGCAGCGCCGCAGCGCUGCUGCAGAAGCGGAGGGCGAAGCUUGCGAACUCGGUGGUAGGUGA